ACCAUGGACUCCGACACAAGCCGCCUAUCCAGCAGACCGUCCUCCCCCGAGGUGGAUGAUAUAUUCAUUUCGGCCAUGAAGAAGUCCGUGCACGGCUUCUCCGGCGCCGUGUCGUCCACGCAGAGCGACUCCCCGCCGGAGAUCCCGGCGGACCUGCGCAGCCUGUCCAGCAACGACGACGACACGCUGUCCCUCAAGAUGCUCUCCAAGAAGGACCGCAAGCUGCUGUCGGAGAGCGAGCUGCAGUCCAUCCGGCUCAAGAUCAACAGCCGCGAACGGAAACGCAUGCACGACCUCAACGUGGCCAUGGACGGCCUCCGGGAGGUCAUGCCUUACGCGCACGGACCGUCGGUGCGGAAGCUGUCCAAAAUCGCCACGCUCCUGCUGGCGCGAAACUACAUACUGAUGCUGAGCAACUCGCUGGAGGAGAUGAAGCGGCUGGUGAGUGAGAUCUACGGCAGCAGCGGCCACCACGCCGGCUUCCACUCGGCGCCCUGCGGGGGCAUGGCGCACACCGGUCCGCUGCCGGGCCACCCGGCCGUCUCCCACGCCUCGCAUCCGGCGGCGGUGCACCACCCGCUCCUCCCGCCGGCGGUGUCCAGCGCUUCGCUGUCGGCACCCGGCGGGAUCUCCGCCGUCGCCUCGGUCAGACCCCACCACGGACUCCUCAAAGCGCCCUCCGCCGGCGCCGGGCCCCUGCCUGGCGGCUUCCAGCACUGGGGCGUCGGCGGCGCCGGGAUGCCGUGUCCGUGCAGCAUGUGCCAAGUUGCGCCCCCGCACGUGCCCGGCAUGAGCGCCGUCAGCAUGCCGCGGCUGACGGGCGACUCCAAAUGA